CCCAACCUUCCGGAAUAAAAGUUGACAGCUGGUCAAACAUGAUGCAAGGAUAGUGUCAGAAAAAAGAUCAACAACAUGACAAGCUUACAGAAAUUACCUUUAAUAUUUGGGAGAUGUGUUUUUCGUGCAAGAAACUCAAGGGAGGUUGAAAGAUUUUGCAUUAAGUGCAACAUGUGCAAGACUAAUUUUCAUUCUCAGAGAUCUGGGAUAUCAAACAGAGACACAUUGUCUGCUAGAAAUCUGACAUACAAACAUGUAUCAACUUCAUUGCUAUCAGCUUGUGCCAUUUAUUAUUUAUUCAGAAAAUAUGACGAUAGUGAAGGUGUGACUAAUUACUUGGAAAACCUCAAAACUGCUUUUAAGAAUGCCUAUGUAGUGAGUGCAGCUGGUCCUAGUGGUGGGAUGAGGUCCCAGUUUAAUUUUAUUGCAGACAUCGUGGAGAAAGCCCAGCCUGCUGUUGUCUUCAUUGAAGUUGUCAAAGGAAGGGGAUUUAGGCGGAUGAGUUCAAGUGGUUCCGGUUUUAUUGUUCGAUCUGACGGUUUAAUCCUGACCAACGCUCACGUCGUGGCAGGUGCCUCCCAUGUCCACGUUUACCUUAAUGACAACAAGAAAGUUCAGGGGGUCGUGCAGGCCGUCGAUCAAGUCUGUGACCUUGCUACAGUCAAAGUUCAAGCAAGAGACCUGCCGACUCUCCCCCUGGGUAAGAGUGGAGAGGUGAGGCCUGGGGAGUGGGUGGUGGCCCUGGGAAGUCCAUUUAACCUUCAGAAGACAGUCACCGCGGGAGUCGUCAGUAAUCCGGGGAGGGAGACCAUGGGGAAUCUGACCAGUAGUCCCCCCAUGAUACAGCACGAUGCAGUUAUCAAUGUUGGUAAUUCUGGUGGCCCACUUAUAAACUUGGAUGGUGAAGCUGUUGGAAUCAACACUAUGACCUUGACCUCUGGUAUCUCAUUUGCUUUACCUGCAGAUUUAGCUGUGGAUUUCCUAAACAGAGCUAAGAAAAUUGAGGGAAGGUUUCCAUCAUCUCCCCCUAAGAGAACGUAUGUAGGACUCAGUGUCAUAUCCUUGACCCCUGACCUCCAAAUGAACCUUAGAAAGAGAGUGCCAAAUUUUCCUACCAGUGUGGAGCAGGGCAUUCUGAUAGUGUCUGUCAUAUCAGGCUCACCAGCCCAGAGUGCUGGACUACUUCCAACAGAUGUCAUAACACACAUAAACAGAAAGCCAGUGACCUCGACCUCAGACUAUUUCAAGGCCAUUGAGACAGGUCAGGAGCUGACAUUACAGAUAGCUCGGGGCAACGCUUUAUUUACCAUCACUGUUACCCCAGAGGAAGUGGAUUAAUAUGUGAUAACAUCUAUAUCUGUUUAUAUUUUUAAAAGAGUUUGCUUGCAUGAUUUUUUUUAAACAUGAUGGCAUUAAAUUAUCAAUAUCAAAAUGUGUUGCUUUUGCAUGAAUUAAAUAUAUGUUCUUCUCAAA